GCGCCGGGGGGAGCGCGUCCGUCGGCGGAAGUGUCCCCCUCAUAAGCGCUUCCGGUGGAGCGGCGCCGGCCUACCGACCGGGGUUCUCCUCUCUGCGGCGGACGGGAGCCGGGAUGCGGCUGUUGCGGGGAGGGCUGGGCUUCCUGCUGCGUCCGGGGAUCCGUCGCGGGCCCGGGCAGCCUCUCUACCAGCAAGGCCAGAGCCCUUCGCCGCGCACCCGCGAGUACUUCUACUACAUCGACCACCAGGGACAGCUUUUCCUGGAUGAUGCCAAGGUCAAGAACUUCAUCACGUGUUUCAAAGACAAGCAGUUCCUGGUCUUCUUCUUCAAGCGGCUGAAGCUGAACCGCAGCGGCCGCUACGAGGACUCCUUCCCUUACCUGUCGCCCUGCGGCCGGGAGCACAACUACAUCCGUUGCGAUGACCGGCCCAUCGUCUUCACGCACCUCCUGGAAGGACCCUCGGGCCAGCAGUCGCUGUCCUUCUGCGGGGGCGCAGAACUCCUGGCCGUGCCCUUCCAACCGGAGAAGCUGGUCAUGUUGGCCGAGAACGGGCGGGUCUAUCACCCAGGGCCGGAAAAGGCUGGCGGGGUAGGAUUGGUCAAGUCAUCCCUGGCCUUUGAGCUGAGCCCUUGCUUUGAGUACCAGGACGGACCCGGUCAGCCGCCCACUCAUUUCCGUUGGCAGGAGAAGAAGUAUCCUCUCACGAAUGAGCUGCUGAGGUUGAUCUGAGGCCGUUGUAGAGCGAGGAAUGCCUUCCAGUGCCCAGAGGUCUUCUGGUUGGCAUCCUUGGCUUUGACAGAAACCCAAACCACAUCCCUCCUGCCAUUCCAGGUGCCUUGAUUAUCCAAGGAGAUCAUCUCAAGAAGGUCUUCUUGUUGGCCUGUUGGGCAUCCUUGGCUUGAUAGAAACCCAAACCACAUCCCUCCUGCCAUUCCAGGUGCCUUGAUUAUCCAAGGAGAUCAUCUAAAGAAGGUCUUCUUGUUGGCCCUCUUGGGUAUCCUUAGCUUUGACAGAAACCCAAACCACAUCCCUCCUGCCAUUCCAGAUGCCUCAUUUAUCCAAGGCAGGGGUCUCCAACCUUGGCAACUUUAAGACUUGUGGACUUCAACUCCCAG